CCCAGAGUCAACAGCGAGCGAGGAGCCGGAGAAGGGAAGGAGAAGCCGGAGAGGGGAAGAAUACAGCUCCCCCUCUCUCCUUCCCCUCCCCCCUACUUUGGCCCUUCUGCGCACUUCGCCUUCAAGUCUCAGCGCAGCCUGGAGCGGCGAUUGCCUCCGCGCCCCUACUCGCUGCCUGCGUAGUCCAGCGCAGCGAGAGCCCGCGCCCGGGCCCCCGCGUGGGGCCGGGGCCAGCAUGGAGCAUCUGGGUCCGCACCAUCUCCACCCGGGCCACGCGGAGCCCAUCAGCUUCGGCAUCGACCAGAUCCUCAACAGCCCCGACCAGGGCGGCUGCAUGGGGCCCGCUUCGCGCCUCCAGGACGGAGAAUACGGCCUUGGCUGUUUGGUCGGAGGCGCCUACACUUACGGCGGCGGGGGCUCCGCUGCUGGGGCGGGGGCCGGGGGCACAGGCGCUUACGGCACCGGUGGCCCGGGUGGUCCCGGUGGCCCGGCGGGCGGUGGCGGCGGUGCCUGCAGCAUGGGCCCACUGGCCGGCUCCUACAACGUGAACAUGGCCUUGGCCGGCGGCCCCGGUCCGGGAGGCGGCGGCGGUGGCGGGGGUGCCGGUGGCGCCGGGGCGCUGAGCGCUGCAGGGGUGAUCCGGGUGCCCGCGCACAGGCCGCUAGCUGGAGCUGUGGCCCAUCCCCAGCCCCUGGCCACCGGCUUGCCUACUGUGCCCUCUGUGCCUGCGGUGCCCGGUGUCAACAACCUCACCGGCCUCACCUUCCCUUGGAUGGAGAGUAACCGCAGAUACACAAAGGACAGGUUCACAGGUCACCCCUAUCAGAACCGGACGCCCCCUAAGAAGAAGAAGCCGCGCACAUCCUUCACACGCCUGCAGAUCUGUGAGCUGGAAAAGCGCUUCCACCGCCAGAAGUACUUGGCUUCGGCGGAGCGCGCUGCUCUGGCCAAGGCGCUCAAAAUGACCGAUGCGCAAGUAAAAACCUGGUUCCAGAACCGGAGGACGAAAUGGAGGCGACAGACAGCAGAGGAGCGUGAGGCCGAGAGGCAGCAGGCGAACCGCAUCCUCUUGCAGCUGCAGCAAGAGGCCUUCCAGAAGAGCCUGGCCCAGCCGCUGCCCGCAGACCCACUGUGCGUGCACAACUCCUCGCUCUUUGCCCUGCAGAACCUGCAGCCAUGGUCUGACGACUCCACCAAAAUCACCAGCGUCACGUCCGUGGCUUCGGCUUGCGAGUGAGGACCCAAGCCCAGUUGAGGGCUAUCCGGAGAACCAGAACUCUCGAUACCCUUUCUGACUGCACACAGGAGGGGGCAGGGCUUCUCGGCAAGGCUCCAAAGCACCGCCUCCACACCCCUGCGGACACUGUCCUGUCUUCGGUGGAAGAGGGCUGGGGAUAGAGGCGGAGACAUCUUCCCAGAAGCCUGUGUGAUCCUGCCCAACUCUGGAAUUGUUCAGAAUCCUCUGUUUUCCUCUAUUUCAUAAAAUUUACUCUGAUUUUAACAAGGGACAGAGAGACCCAAGGGAAGUGGGGACCGGAAGGCUUCUGGGAUCCCCAGGAAGCCAUCUGUACUCAAGCUGGAAACCUCUCUAUUCCUCUCCUUGUACACCCGGAGGCCCACACAAAGGUGAUACCACUGUCACUCUUGGUGUCACCCCAGAGCCACACACAGGGGCCUAUGGCAGAGUGUCAUGCACAUACAGGAUCAUUGCAAAUGACCCUGGUUGUUGGGCAUAGUCUGGGGUGACUCUCAGACUCACCCCAACAGCACAGACCUCCUCUUAGUCAGACACAAGGCCAUAGUCACACUGUGACACACCAGCCCACACACAACAGCUAAACUUGGCCUGUCAGGCCCUCGCCACACACCCCAGCAGUACCCAGGUAUGCACAGACAGGCUUUCACACAAAUGCAGCCCAUUUCUCCAGAUCCUGUUUGGGGAGGGGGGUAAGUUAUGCACUUAUAAGUUAUGCACUUAUAAGGUGUUUUCUGUGUAACCAUUUUAUAAAGUGCUUGUGUAAUUUAUGUGGAAAAAUAAUAAAACCCUCCGGAUCAGGCCUU